AUGACUGCUAGAAAAGAAAUAUAUAAUAACGCACAAGGAGGAAAUUCAAGAAUGCCUCCUGGUCACCUUGGAUAUUUGGAAAUGCAAAGAAAGCUUUAUAAUGAUUUUAAUGGAAAACAAGAACUAUAUUUUCGAAAACUUGAUGAUGAAUCAGAUGGUGAAAAUAAUUCUGGGACAAAAAAUCCUUUGAAAGAUGAUGAAUCGUUUUUUCAAUUUACUAACGAAUAA